UCACAUGCUGUCUCACAGAGAUAUCGCCCACACUUUCAUCACUGCUCACUAUCUGAACUGCCGGCUUUCAGCUCUGCCCCGACAGAGUUUACUCGACAGCCUUUAGAGUUUUCUUAUACUUCCCCCCCUCCGUUACUUCCAUCUCCAGGACCCUCUCUUGGCUACUUCUUCCUGCCUGACGUUGCCUCUCCUAGCCGGGCACAGCAGCCCAGUGUCUCCCUCCUUCCAGCUGCUCUCUCUCCCAGGGAGAGCCCUCGCCUCGCCUCGCUCGCCUGACUGACUGACCGGUGGUAGGCAGUGCACAGUGAGCCACUUGGGGCCACUCGGGCUGGAGACAUGUUCUUGGUUCUGGUGGUGACGGAUGAGCUGCGGGAGAUCCUGGUCCGGGCGCGGAGUGGACCGUCCAUCAGGGUCAUCCAGGUGCUGAUCCGCAACGAGCAGCUGGUGCUGGGUGCGUACAGAGAACCGUCACAGAGCUGGGAUCGCGACUAUGACAACUUCCUGUUGCCACUGCUGGACGAGGAGGAACCCUGCUACAUCCUCUACCGCCUGGACUCCCAGAAUGCACAGGGCUACGAGUGGCUCUUCAUCUCAUGGUCACCUGAUCAAUCACCAGUGAGACUGAAGAUGCUUUACGCUGCCACGCGUGCCACAGUGAAGAAAGAGUUUGGUGGAGGACAAGUGAAGGACGAGAUGUUUGGCAGCAUGAAGGAGGACAUCUGUCUCCAAGGUUACCAGAGGCAUGAGUCAUCAAGCUCCGCCCCUGCACCCCUCACGGCUGCAGAGAGGGAGCUCCAGCAGAUCAGACUCACAGAGAUCAGAGUAGCGCAGGUGAACGUGGAGAGGAGUGCAGACAUGUGUAAACCCCAGACUGUGGGAGGCCUGGCCUUCCCACUGCAAGACGCAGCCAAACGUGCCCUCCAGCAGCUUACAGAUAAACGCAUUAAUUACAUACAACUGAGGUUGGACACAGAGAAGGAGACGAUUGACCUUGUCCACACGAACCCCACAGAAACGCGGGACCUUCCCCAGAGGGUCCCCACAGACACGCCGCGAUACCACUUCUUCCUCUACAAGCACAACCACGAGGGAGAAUACCUAGAGUCCGUCGUGUUCAUCUACUCCAUGCCUGGCUACAGCUGCAGCGUGAAGGAGCGCAUGCUCUACUCCAGCUGCAAGAGCUGCCUCCUGGACGAGGUGGCCAGAGACUACCACCUCGAGGUGGCCAAGAAGAUGGAGAUUGACUCUGGUGAGGAGCUGACUGAAGAGUUCUUAUAUGACGAGGUGCAUCCGAAACAGCACGCCUUCAAGCAGGCGUUCGCCAAACCACGCGGCCCUGCAGGGAAGAGGGGUAACAAGCGCCUAAUACGAGGAAACGCAGACGUCACACAGAAAAGCUAGAAGGACCAGGAGAGAGAAAGAAAACCACUUGGAAGAAAUUGAGAAGAAGCUAGGAAGGAGUUUGUCCCCAACAUCUCUCCUUUUUCUCCCAAGGCUGAGUCUAGACAUAGCUUCACUCUGUUUAGUGAGAAAUUGGAGAAUGGGGAUUAACAGGUUUUACUGAGUAUUUUUACUUGUUUUGCUUUUUUAAAAACUUUUCAGCUUGUUUACUGUUAUACUUAUACAUUAUUGUUUAGUAGUUUGUGAAGUGUUUUAAUACACAAUACAAACAUACACUAAAUACACACACAUAAACAUACACAGUACAUGAAAUAAACUCAGGAAAAAAGUGGUUUAUAUGAGACGUGUUUCCCACUCCUUUAAUAAUGAAGACAUAUUUAGAUAUAUACCAGUCUAAUCUUUUUAGACUUUAAAGUAGAAAUAGUUGUUGUUGACAAGAUGACCUUUGUAACAUAUUUGCAAACUAUUUUCAAAGAAAUAAAUUAUUUAAUUUAUUUUUUAAGAAAUCUUUUUAAAUUUGCAUACAGACCAACUAGGUCCCACGUUUCUGGCCAGACACAUUGACUGUGUUGAACGGUAGUAAAAAAUGCCGGCAGCAAUAUAGGCACAGACAGUCGUUCCACAGCAAGGCGAACUGAGAGGACUUGACGUGAAUGGAGACACAGACUAACGGUGCAAGGUAAAUCACACUCGGAUGGGCAUUACGAAUCUCAUCUGUAGGGCCGUGAGGGGGAGACCUUCAAAGCUUGUGUUAUCAUGUUGUGUUUUCAGACUGAGCGUUUGUGAUGCUGUGCUAGCCUACCUCUUCACAGCCAGCCCCUCUGGUUACAAUGUUGCCUGUGAAUGUGUUGUGUCAAACAUAUACAUUUUGAACAAGUGGAUGAUGUGUGUCAGAAAAAAAAGAUUCCAAAUAAUAAAGCCUUCUGUUUCUGUAAA